AUGCACACCCCAAUUCUCUCCCCCUUCCUCCUCGUAACCGCCGUCCUUGCCAUACCCGCACCCUUGCCAACCGCCGAAGAUCCACCCCCCUGCGCCGAAAACACCACAACUUCUUGCUGCGUGACCUCCGGCGGCUGCGAUUCACUGAAUAUCCUAGGUGGCAGUUGUUUGCUCGACGGAGUUUCACUCCUUUCAAUUCUGAAUAACAACUGUCCCGCGGGCAAUACCUUCUGUUGCCAGAAUACUCAGAGCGGGGAGAUUAACAUCAAUUUGGGGUGUACUCCUGUCUACUCUUGCCUUUCCUGCGACGACGAGGCGUUAGCAGGUGAUGUUACUUUUGCCUCCAUCUCUUCUAACAUCCACCAAAGCAUGGCAUCUUUCAUAUCUGACAGCUCACAUCGCAUUCCUAACCCAGCAGCCAGCAUCUCAGGAUCACGAAGAAAUCAGCCUUGGAUGCUUGCACCAAUAUCGGAAGAUGGCGAGCCGUACUCACCCACAAAUAGGGGCAAAGCUCCCAGAGUCACAUUCGUUGACCUUCCCAUUCGCCGACGAAGGAACGGCACCGACGGCGACGACGGUCAAGUCGAGGGAGAAUACGACGCCAAAUACAGGCCUACUCAGUAUGUCUGGUAUCUCUGGGACCCCGUUUGUGCCUUUACCCUGCACCUCUUCGGCCGCUCGACUGCAGCUUCGCGAAUCGAUCGAAGCGCGAAGAUGACGGGAAAGAACGUGCUCAUCACUGGUUGUGGCGGAGACGGUAUACUCGGCAUGGAGAUGGCGAAGGCGAUGGCGGAGGCCGGUGCCACUGUCUGGCUUGCGUGCCCUACCGAAGAGGAGGGCCAACUUGCGAAGAAGGAGAUCAUGGACUACCUCUCACCGACGAAUCAGCUGGAGAAAGCUUUCGUGGACAAGCCGUCAACUGGAAAUCUGUUGCAGGAUCUCAGACGCGAUUCCACUGCCGAAGCGCUCAAGCACCCCAAGUCGAAGAUCAAUCCCAUGGUCCUCGACCUCACAAGUGACGAGAGCAUUCGCAAGUUCUGCGAUGAGGAUGUGCCAUGCUACAUUGAUGUGGUCGUUCACCAUGCAAACAUCACGGCACAUCGCCGACAGGACAGGUUCGGCAGCAUGUAUCUCACCAACGUGCUUGGCCCAUUCACACUCAGUUGUCGCCUUGAGAAGAUGCUCUCACCAGGUGCUCGUGUGAUCUUUGCUAACUCUUUCAUCCACUACUUUGGGAGUCUUGCCGAAGGAAGAACUCAAAUACAGAACCUUGGCGAAGAUAGCUGUCCGACGUGGCUCCUCAUCAAAAUCGUCCUAUGGUCCUGGUGGUGGAACCCACUGGCCGACACGGCAAGAGCCAUCUUCUGGCUACCCCUCAAAACCACACUGUUCACUCUAUCUCGUCUCCUCCCCGGCCCAGCGAACGGCAUCGGACGCCUCGAGAACUUCCGCGCCUACGCGACCAUGAAGCAAAUGCAACUCGCCAUGGUCACGCUCCUCGCCGAGCGCUGGAACGACAACCCCAUCAACGACAUGUUCGCUCCCGAAUACGCACCACCCCCGCGAAAACCAAUUCACAUGCAAGCACCCCUCACCAUCCGCAACAAGAAAUUCCUCGUCCACGCCUACAACACCGGCGUGCCGAAAGAGUGGUUUCUCAAGAAUAUGCGCGAACGACCGACGCCAUUCUUCUACGAGCCGGCUUAG